AUGGGCUGCGUGUCAUCGUCGUCGACGUCGUCGCCGAGGCUGUCCAAGCGCACGCCGGGGUACGAGGAUCCCGCCGUCCUCGCCGCCGAGACAUCAUUCACGGUGAACGAGGUGGAAGCGCUGUUCGAGCUCUACAAGAAGCUCAGCUUCUCCAUCUACAGAGACGGCCUCAUCCACAAGGAGCAGUUCCGGCUCGCCUUGUUCGGGGACAGCAAAGGCGCAGAUCUCUUCGCGGACAGGGUGUUCGAUCUCUUUGAUCUGAAGCGGAACGGUGUCAUCGAGUUCGGGGAGUUCGUGCGGUCCCUCAGCGUGUUCCACCCAAAAGCGCCGGUAUCAGACAAGACUGCGUUCGCGUUCAAACUGUACGAUUUAAGAGGAACUGGCUACAUCGAGAAAGAAGAGAUUAGGGAAAUGGUCAUGGCAAUUCUCGAUGAGGCCAACCUACGUCUCUCGGAUUUCGCCGUCGAGGAGAUCAUCGACAAUACAUUCAAUCAAGCAGACUCGAAUGGAGAUGGCAUGAUAGAUCCCAAGGAAUGGGAGGAGUUUGUCAAGAAAAACCCGGCAUGCCUGAGGAACAUGUCACUACCCUAUCUCGAGGACAUUACAACAGCCUUUCCGAGCUUUGUGAUGUAUUCAGGAGUCGAAGAUUGUAGUGGACUCAAAUAAGAAAAAAAAAUACAUUAUCAGUAACAUGAUAUAUUUUUUGAGCUAUGUGGGCCUUGAACAUGCUGGAAGUCAGCGCAUUCAGAAGUGUGCUACAACUGAAUAGUCCAAGGAGAACCGAAGGAAAUAUUAUAUGUGGUUAGUAUCUCAAAAGGGAUAGCCACAAAUAUAUUUUCUUUUUACAGUUAGUGUAGAUACUAGUUGCCUGAUAAGCCUUGUAUUUUUCACGUAGGGUACUGGGAGGUUCAAUUUUGACCAUCUCCAAUCAACAAAACAUGAAAAUUGAACACAAAUUCCAAUUGUAUGAUUUUUAUGACACAUAUCUCAGAUGUUAUCAUUAGUGUGCAACUUUCA